AAAGAGGCCUACUGGAUAUGCUUAGCAUUUUUAAUCUACGAUGAUCUGAAGAAAAAGAAUCCAACAUCAGUACAAGAAAAUCAGACGUUGUCGUCAAAUCUAGAUUUUGCGUUCACAGAUCUCCGCAAUAUGAGUCACGUGGUUACUGGUUAUGGCAUGAUUUGCUAGACAUACUGGAUUUACUGGCACCGUAUGAGCAAGACUGGCUUGUUUAUCCACAGCAGGAAAGAGAACGCAAUGAAAGAGCUAUUUUGCAUCUCAAUGAAUUUUGUAAAACCUGUUGGUACUGGUUAGACUUGUUAAUCAAUCGUAUUGACAAAGUUGACAGGUUUUAA